CCACCCCCUGCGCCUGACUCAACAGGGCUAGCAUAAAGCCGACCGCAGCUAUUCCAGUGCCAGAGCAAGAGCGCGCGCGUUGGGCGACAGGACUCUCUUCAGCCCUUAAGAGCACUGAGAAUACAAGACAGCAUGCCGGGCAGACCAGCAUGGCAGGUGGCGGGUCGGCGAGACCCCGAGCAGGAGCGCGAGGCGCAGCAGUGGAUCGAGGCGGUGACGGGCGAGCGCUUCCCGCCGGGCGUGCCCUACGAGGACGCGCUGCGCGACGGCAUCCUGCUGUGCAAGUUGAUGAACCGCCUGCAGCCGGGCAUCAUCCAGAAGGUCAACGUCUCCGGCGGCGACUACAAGAUGAUGGACAACCUCAGCCAAUUCCACAAGGCGUGCGUGAAGUACGGCGUACCAGACGUGGAUCUCUUCCAGACGGUCGACCUGUGGGAUAAGAAGAACAUCGUGGCUGUCACCACGACUAUUUUCGCCAUUGGCAGAACGGCUUACAAGCACCCCGAGUGGCCGGGCCCCUGGCUGGGACCACGCCCCGCGGAGGAGAACCGCCGCGAGUGGACGGAGGAGCAGCUGCGCGCCGGCGAGUCGGUGAUCGGCCUGCAGGCCGGCUCCAACCGCGGCGCCACUCAGGCGGGACAGAACUUCGGCGCCUCCCGCAAGAUCCUACUGGGCAAGUAGGCCCGCCACUCCCUGCCCCACCACUCUACUCCAAUCGCGCCCGCAACUCGCACCCCUUCCACUUGCAACUUUCCUCCCUGCUAAUCUUCACCCCUCCCCCCCCCCCUCUUCUCUACUCUCGCCACUCGUGUAAAAUUUACGUAAGCAACCAUUUUCCAGUUUCCUUUACACCUUCUCAGUCCUCCCGCACGCUGUCUGAAACCUGCUACAACUCCCACGGCCACUUCCAUAUUUUUGUGCUCAGCACUUAUCGGUAAUGGGGUCUAUCUUUCUAAUUUACAACUCUCGCUCAGUCCUUAUUGUCAACAAUUGUGCGACGAUCCUGUGAUACACCAAACGCGCCUGCUUUCCCGCUUUAAAAAACUUUCGAAAAUUUACGAACAAUUAAUAAUAUUUUUGACAUGUAUACAUGUAAACGAAUAUGUAAAGUACUUUGUGCAACAGUUAGCAGAAAUAAAAUGAGUUAAUCAAGUGGAA